AUCUGACUUGCAUCGCACAAUGUUUAGGCGUAGCGACGCAACGGACUCGGUGGACGAAAUUGAGCACGGCCGGACUGACCAUCUCACCGCCCACGGAGCAAGCUCUGAAGACUUGGCAAUAGUAGACGGAUUCCACACGAGCAUCAGCCAUGCCUGGUUCGACUGUCUGCUAGCGGCGGAAGCUCCGGACAUCUUGGGCGGACAUGCUGAAAUGCUGCACUCACGCUUCGACAACAUUUGUCAUCAAUGCGAGUCGAAUCCUGUAGUCCAGUGGUGCGACUCACAUUUGUCAGAAUCGACCGUGCGCUUUGCGCAGAGAAAGGCGGAGGUGCACUUUCAGGUGGAACGCCGGGAGGGCAGGGCGCUGAAUCGGGCUGAAGAUCUGUACGAGGAGAUCGAAGAUCCACCGCCUCCACGCGAAUCUGUCAACGUGGAAGGUGCUACUAACUAUGAUCUCGGAGGUGCUAAGCAGAAUAGUACCAACGAACUUAGCAGUCAAUAG